GCAUCACCUGUCACAGUCAACUUCUCACUUUUCAAUCGCUCUCCAUUCACCCAUCAAGCCAUUCUUUCUACAAGAACCUCGUAAGCGAUCCACUUCCAUUUGACAAACACUCCUCAUCUUCACCUCUUUCCACCUUUCAAACCAAACCGCUCCGAUCCAGCUACACAACCGACAAUGGCUGAGCCCGUUGAACCACCCGUUACACUCUCAGAAGAGUCAUCCGCCGCAAUGGAGGUCUACAAUUCAGUCAAAGUAUCCCUCGCAGAUCUAUGCGCCAAGGGUACCGCCCAAUAUGCACACAAGAACUACGAAGAGGCGUCAGACCUGUAUGCGCGAGCUUCAGAGCUUCAAGCUGAACUCAAUGGCGAGAUGUCCCCUGAUAACGCGGAGAUCUUGUUCCUGUACGGCCGAUCACUCUUCAAGGUUGGACAGAGUAAAAGCGAUGUCCUAGGUGGCAAGGCCGGAGCUGAGAAGAAGCCGAAUGGUGCUGCGAAGGCGAAGAAGGCGGCACCCAAACAAGAGCUCAAGAGCGAGAGUGAGAAGAUUGCUGAGGAGGGCGUUGCGAUUAUUGCGGAGCAAAAUGACAGUGGAGCAAAGCCUGAGGAGGGAGUCGAUGCGAAGAAGCCAUUAUUCCAAUUUACUGGCGACGAGAACUUUGAGGACUCUGAUGAUGAUGCAGAGGAGGAGGAGGGCGAAGGUGAAGCCGAGGAGGACGAUGAUCUUGCAGCCGCCUUCGAGGUACUUGACCUUGCACGAGUCCUAUUCACAAAGAAGUUGGAAGGGCCAGAGGAGGAUACAGGCAAGGGCAAGGAUAUUGGCGAUUCUCUAAUGACAAAGCACAUCAAGGAGCGGCUGGCAGAUACUCAUGACCUUUUGGCGGAGAUCUCACUCGAAAACGAGAGAUUCCCAGGUGCUGUUGUUGAUUUCAGAGCUGCUCUAGCACACAAGCAAGAGCUGUAUCCUGAGGAGUCGGAGAUCAUUGCAGAGGCUCAUUUCAAAUUGUCUCUUGCUUUGGAGUUUGCCUCAAUCACGAGAACCAAGGAUGAGGGCGAAGAGGCAGCAGAUGUCACGGAGGCAGAGACCCAUGUCGAUCAAGGCAUGAGGGAUGAAGCUGUCAAGGAGUUGGAGGCGGCGAUCAACAGCACGAAGCUCAAGUUGCAAAGCAAGGAGGUGGAACUUGCUUCAACCUCAUCUCCUGACGACAAUGAGGUCACCCGAGCACAGAUUGCUGAGGUAAAGGAGAUUGUUACUGAGAUGGAAGGUCGCCUUGCUGAAUUGAAAGCUCCUCCGGUCGACGUCAAGGACGCUUUGUACGGCCCAACAGGUGCCCUGGACGUCAAUCCUAGUGGUGGUAUCCUUGGAGCUACGUUGGGCGAGUCGCCAGCAGAAGCUGCAGCCAGAAUUGAGGAGGCCAAGAAGACAGCAACUGAUCUCACCGGUCUGAUUCGCCGUAAGAAGGCGAAGCCAGAUGCCCCCACUCCUGAGCCAGCGUCAAGCACUAAUGGCACCAAUGGAAAGCGCAAGGCUGAGGAUGAUGCCGAGGAGAGUGACAGCAAGAAAUUCAAGGUUUAUGAACCCCCUUUGAACGGUGCGCAUGAUGGUGAUGAUGCGAAAAAGGCAAUGGUUGAGGAUGCUGCUGAUGACUAAGGGGUUUUUAAUAUCUGCAGGUGGUCUUCUCUGUUACUACAGUAGAUGGGAUUGCGGACCGGAAAAUAUGGCGGCGUUUGAUACUGGAUACAUACCAAGGGGAGCAUAUUGCUUUAAAUAUGCCGGGUUUGCACAUGUCACAUGGGAUAUGAUAUGGGUUGCACUAAUGCAUUUUCAUUCGCAUUUUGAAUUCUUAGGCUUUGAGCUCAUCGCGUGCAAUUUCUAACUACCUCGAUGCAUUAAGAUCCAUGGCCGUCUGUCAAGCAUGAGAACUUGAUAGUUGCACGGUGCAGAGAGCAGAAGAGUGCCAGAGAAUCAACGAUAUGUACCAGCGUUGUAGUGC